AUGCCUGAAGAAAUAAUUAGAUAAAAAGAAAAAAGUGAAAUUAAAAAUACGAAAAAUAGUUAAUUCGGUGUUUCUUAAUAUUCUGAAAAAUCUAUAUUUUUAGGAAAUGAUAUUGAAUCGCAAAAAAGACGUUCAAUUAAAAAAAUACUUUUAAUGAGUUCUAUGGACAAAGAAACUAUGAAAAUUUUGUUAAAAAUUUUAUAAGGAAAUUUCAAGAAUAUAAGUUAAGAAAUAAAAGAUAAAUUAAAAUAAAAUGCAAGUAAUAUUUUAGAUAAAGAUAAACAAAAAGAAUUAGAUGCAUUAUUAGAUUAAUUGGAAAAUACUGAGUAACCAAGCGAUGUCUUUUUAUAAAUAAUAAAAUAUUAUGUAUUAUCUCCAGUUGAAAAAUCUUAUAUAAAUAAAAUAGAAUAAGAAUUAAAAAAAAGUCAAGAAUUAGAUGAGGAAAUAAAAAAGGUUUAAGAAAAUAUUAAUGUUGAAAAAUAAAAAAAAUUAGAAAGAUAUCGUGAUGAAAAAUAAGGCGUUUAAAAAUCUAAUAAUAAAGAAACUUGUGAAGCAUUAUUAAGAGAAGUAAGUGUUCAUGAAAACAAACUCGAAAAAGCUAAUUAAAAAUUAAAUGAAAUAGUUGCUCGAAAUAAUUAAUUACGUGAAAAAAUAAAUAUCUUAAGAAAAGAAAAGAAUGUAAUAGAAGAGAUUUACAACAAGUUAAAAAAAGAGCUAGCUGAUAAAAAAGACAAUGUCGAAUAAACUAUAAAAAGUGCAGGUGAAGCUUAUUAUAAUAGAAAUAGAGCUGAAGAAGAAUUAAAAGCACUUUAAGAAAAGGCAGAAUAACAGAAAUAGAAUUUUGAAAAUGAAUAUAAAACAUUAAAUGAAAAUAUAUAAUAUGAUAAAAGAUUUAAAUAAUUUAUAAAAUCAAAACAAAAAGAGAAAGAAGUACUUGAAAAUUUAGAGAAAUAGAUAUAAAAAAAUUUAGAAAUAAUAGAAGAAAAGAAAAAAAACAACAAAAUUAUAGAAACAGAAUAUAUGGUGUCAGCUAAAAAAGAACAAGAAAUAAAAGAAGCUUUUGAAAGAAUAAAAAAAGAAACAGGUAUAAAUGAAACAAAAGAAAAAGAAAGUAAAGAACUUUUGAAUGUUUUUAUUAAUUUGUAUUAAAAAAAUACUAUAAUGAGUAAAUUUGUUAAAGAAUUGAAUGAAGAAGUGGAUGAAUUAGAAAGAAAAAUCGAAGAAAAAAAGAAAGAAAUUUAAAUGUAUUCUACUAAAGGGGCCACUAAUGAUAAUAAAAAAAGAGAAAUGAAAAUAGCUUUAACAAAUAAAAUUUAAUAAGAAGAAAAAAAAAAAUUAUACUAAAAGCUUAAUAUGAAAAAUCUAUUGAAACUAUAAAUAUUAUUAAAUCUUAUUUGGAAAACGUUUUCACUGCAAUUGAUGUAGAUUAAGAAACCAUAGAGAAAUUAAGAAGUGCUGCUAUAACAGAAGAAAAUAUGGUACAUUUUUUAGGAAUACUAGAAUAAAAAGGACUCGAUGCUAUUUCUGAAUAUUCUAGACUUAUUGCUGAAGAUUUAUUUGUGGCUUAAAACGGAGAAGAAUAAGAAGAAGAGUAAAAAUAAUUAAGUGGAAAUCUUAAAGAUAAAUUUUUUUCAUAAGAAGAACUCAGAAAAUAAGCAUUAGAUGUUAUAACGAAAAAAUUCACAUAAAAUAAUGCUAAUAAAAACAAUAUUUCGGGCAUGA